AUGCAAACCGAUGUCGGGGUGAGCACAAAGGGCGUCCCCUCGAUGCAAAUAGAUGGACAAGAAUCCGUAGAAACUAGCCUCGAUCAGAAGCAUGUUAGAGAACUUACGUGUCUUUAUUUUGAGAAAGUUCAUGAGAUGUGUCCUGUGUUGUGUCCGUCUACCUACAUGGCGUCACUAUUCCUUCCCAGCCCAUUAUGCCCCCCGCUUUGCCUGCAACUCAUUGUCAUGGCACUAGCAGCCAGCAUUUCCAAGGAACAAAUGUCCUGUGCAAUUUCUCUUUAUCAUCGUUCGAGGGGCUAUGCUGAAGACAACGAUAUAGCAAAUCUCACGGACAGCCCUUCUCUGCCACAUGUGCAAUGUUGGCUGCUUUUGGCCAAUUUUGAAGCUCAACAAGCCGUAUUUUCUAGGGCAUCAAUGAGUUUCACUCGGAGUGUUAGGGGUGCACAAAUGCUACAAAUGCAUCGAAUCGAUGUGGAUGAAAUCGAUGUACUAGCAACAACCCCUGCAUAUAUCCUGGAGAAAGAAGAAUGGCGGAGAACGUGGUGGGCUAUUUUCAACACUGAUCGUUUCUUGAGUGCCACCACGGGAUGGCCGUUGUUGAUUAACGAGCACGACGUUCUCACUCGACUCCCAGCCUCAGAGCGAGCCAUCUGUAAUGGACAAUUCACCCAUCUGCACUCUUUACAGAGCUUGUUGAGACAAGACAUUGAGCCUUAUUCUACCCUGACCUCCAGAGUGCUCAUUGCGCAAAUAUUUCACACUGCUAUGCAACAAUCUUCUGCAUUCUCCCUUGAGAGUCCUCUCGAAUUGAACAAUGGAGAAUAUUGGGAAAAGCAUAGGGCUAUUGAACAGCAACUUACCAAAUUCCAAGCCAGUCUACCACACGAGCUACGGCUGUUCCAGAGCUAUGGUAGCACAGAAGCAGCCUUCAUCAACGCCAUGGUUCAGGCAUCAAGUAUCUCCCUCCACCAGUGUGCCAUAUGGCGAAUGCAUCGGCUCGGUUUGCCAAUCCACAUGAUGGAAAAGAGUAGGAAGCGUUUGUUAGUUGCGGCUGAGCAAGUGGUUCGCAUUCUAAAAGCAACGCCCGACCUCGACGUGGCCAUGAGAAACCCUAUUCUAGCAUUCUCGGCGUCAAUGGCCGCGCUGGCGCUGCUGGAAGACUUUGCGGCGAAUUCAGAGUCUGAUGGUGACGAGGGUGUGGUAUUCAUCUUGAAUAUCAUGGCAACUAUUGGCAAAGAAAACGCUGUGACGAGAUCUCUCGCACAGCAGCUCUACGCACGAAUGAAGGAAAUGGGUGUCUAUUCGGUAUCCGACGAACAGGUCAACGCCUUUGCCUUUUCCAUCGAGAGAAUUACCCGCUGA